GAAACUAUAGAUUAUGAGGAUCUGAAGAAGCGCAUAUGGAAAGACCGUAUCCUUCUCCAGAAGAUGAAGAAAAAACUUAACAUGGACGAAUCCGACAACAAAAAAGCCAAGCAAGAAACGUCUAGGAAAAAAAAGAUGUCUAGGGCACAAGACUCCGUCCUCAAAUACAUGGUGAAGAUUAUGGAGGUUUGCAAAGCUCGUGGAUUCGUCUUUGGAAUCGUCCCUGAAGAUGGAAAGCCAAUUACUGCUAGCUCGGAUAGUUUGCGAGAAUGGUGGAAAGAAGAUAUUAGAUUUGAACAAACUGCCCCUAAAGCAAUUGCAAAGUAUUUGCCGUUGCUUGAAAAGGGAGAGUUAGAUGCGUCGUCAAGCAUACACCUUCUCCAAGAUCUUCAAGACGCAACACUAGGAUCUCUCCUUUCAGCACUGAUGCAACACUGUAUGCCGCCACAGAGGAGGUAUCCUUUGGAGAAAGGCGUGGCCCCGCCGUGGUGGCCUAAUGGGUCAGAGGCAUGGUGGGGCGAUCAGGGUUUUUUGGCUCAAGAACACGGGCCACCACCGUAUAAGAAACCCCAUGAUUUGAAGAAGGCAUGGAAGGUUUCGGUAUUGGCUUCAGUUAUAAAGCACAUGUCCCCUGACUUAGAGAAAUUGAAAAGGCUCGUAACUCAAUCAAAGACCUUGCAAGAUAAGAUGACUGCCAAAGAUAACGCUACUUGGUCAAAAGUUGUCAGCCAAGAAGAAGCUUUGUUGAGACUUACCAACAAGUGUCUUAAGAUUUUCCCUUCUUCGUUCAACGACGAGGAGAAUAAUAAGGAAGACGGGGAGGGAGAAAUCGAAGUCUUUGACAGCAACGGAGGCAGUGAAAAAAGAAAGUGUGAUUUUGAUAGUAAUAAUAAUGGUAACAACAACAAUAAUGGUAAUAGCUUUGUGGACAAACCAAUAUAUACAUGCCAGAACGUGGAUUGUCCACAAAGCGAUUUGUCUAUGGGAUUUAGAGACAAGAAUUCAAGGAUGGACCACGAGUCGAUGUGUGCCUUUCGCCGUGCCACUCUUGAUCAUCAGGGGAGUAAUAGCAGCAAUGAGAAUUUAAAGGCUUUCCAUGAUUACCUGCCGAGUGAGGAGAGGAUGACAAGUGUUGGAGAUUGGAUGAACAUGGAGGUAGCUAAGGCCAAUAACAACAAUAACAAUAAUAAUAAUUUUGGUGACACUGAUUUUGGUGAUAUUGAUAUUAUGAAUGGAAUGGAAGAGAUUGCGGGUGAAGCUUUUGGGGAGGACAAAUUAGGGUUGUGGCUGAAUGACAUUGAAGAUUGUGAGUUGCUUGCGGCAUUGGAGAUGGUUAAAGCAAAUAGCGCCAUGAAUUCCACUCAUCAAAAUAAUAAUCCACCAUUAAUAAAGCAGCAUGAUCGUAUUUUCCCACAUGGCGGCCAUCUUCUUGACGAAGAAGCAACUACUUCAUCACUUUGGGACUAUACUACUACUACUUUGUUUAAGAACAACAACAUUUGA